CAGGCAGUGUUUCGUUCUGUUGUACAUAGGGUCGCUAUGAGUCAGAACUGAGUAGACGGCACCUAACAACAACAACCAUCUUCAAAAGUGUCAAGUUCAUGAAAAGUCAAGAAAAUACAUAAGAACUUUUCUAGGUUGAAGGAGUUUAAAGAGACAUGAUAACUAAAUGCAGUGUGGGAUACUUUUGCUAUAAAGGACACGAUACUGGAACAAUUUGCAAAACUUGAAUGGGAUCUAUCGGUGGUAAUGCUUUGAUGUGUUAUUUUCCUGAUUUUGAUGGUUAUAUUUAUGUAGGAGAGUGCCUGUUUGUCAGAAACAUAUACAUGUAUUCUGCAUUUUGGCAAUGUACUCUCAGAUUGUUCAGGGGAAAAACGUUCCUGUACUAUUUUUACUUUUCUCUAAGUUUGAAAUUAUUGUUGGGAAAUAUAUUAUUAAUUGUUGUAAUAUCUUUUUUCCCCUGAUAUUCUCCUCUCCACACACACACACACACACACACACACACACGCUCAUUAACAGUCAAUCCUUCUUCCACCCACAUGCAUAUGACAAUGGAGUAUUUUCAAAUGACUGAGAGAGAAAAUUUGUAGAAUGCCAAAUCCAGCUAGGCUAUCAUUCUACUUGAGGACAACAUAAAAACUUUUUCAGACAAAGAGAAAAUUUAUGUCUGAAAGAAUGUCUUCUGGAAGAAGGAAAUUGAACCCUGAAGAAAGGAAGAAUUUGUUUCAGUUAAGUGGGUGAAACAUUUAAGUACUUGGAAUAGUACCUGACACAUUGUAGACACUCGGAGUGUUAGCAUUAACAUUAUUAUUCUAGAGAAAUGCUGCACACGUGCCAGGGAGACAGGUGUGAGGAUGCGCUAUCGAAGGCUUGCUUACAUUAGUGCACAAGUGGAACCUGCCUGACUUUGCCUUAACAGGGGAGGGAGGGAAAUUACUAUACAGAAGUAAAAAUUAACUAGAGCUAACAGACAUAAAACUCAAAUACAAUACUGAGUGUAAUAAAACAAGUUAUAUAUACCCUGGUGACCUGUAUGUAAAUCUUUGAUACCUUUUAUUUUGAAAUAGUUUGACUCACCAGAAGUUGCAAAAACAACCAAGAGCUACCAUGUGCCCUUAACCUCACUUCCUCCAUGAUAGAUCUUACAUAAACAUGGGACAUCGUCAAAACCAAGAAAUCUUUAUUCAUGGAAAAAUUUUAAAGAUUUUGUUUGUGACAACAUGCAUAAGUAAUAACUGCCAGACAAUGAUGUUUAGCAGUUAAAGACCGUGAUUUUCUCUGUGGAGGAUGGGAAAGAGAAGGGAUGGAGAUCUGGUCUCUGGAGAGAACAGGGUUGGAUAGAAAGGUUAAGGAAAGGACUUCAUUUUUACUCUAUGUGCUUCUGUCUUGUUGGAUUUUUAAAGUAAUGUACCCGUUUUAAAUUUUAAUUAAAAAGUUUUUAAUAGAAGUGAAGUGCUUUUUCAACUCUUGGCCCCGUGCAUCCAGCAGAAUCUCAAAAUCUGAGCACAGGCUGGGGUCUUUCUGUGUUUAUUGGGUUAGCUUACUCGUCUUGUGUCUUGAAAAGCAGGCAAUACAGGGAAGCAAAUGCAGUUUCCUAGUGUUCCCCCAGGUAAGUGAAAGGAAACAUGGGAGAAAAGUGUUUACGUGGGAACUGAGUCUAUGUGCUAUACACAAGGGAAAGUGAGUGAUGGGGGAAGAGAGGUUGUAUGUGCAGUUUAGCCUCUGAAAUCAAAUCUUUUUAAAGCAUUUCAAACAGCCAAGUAACAGUAGCUCAUAGCAACAUGUUAGAAUCUUGAGGGUGAAUGGAGAGGAUUAUGACUCAUGGAAAAAUCUAAGUUGGAAUGGUGCCUAAAGUGCAGAUAUGAAAAUCAGUUUGCACCUGCUGAAAGGGGAGUGGAGCACACGAAGCAUUUAAAACAGAAAGAGCCAAACAGGCUCAGAGAAAUGAAGUUUAAAGGAUUAGACCUAGCUCCUGAAUAGAAGUGAAAGUCUGACGUGGUUCCAUUAAGAUGACUUCUCAGCGGUCUUUCCCUGCAGAUGACUUCGGUAUCUACUACGUCCUCGCAGAAUGUACAGAUUACUAUGACACCAUCCCAGUUAGUGAGGCUGAUGAGAACCAGCCCCAUUUCCAAGGUGUGACCGGUCUGCGAAACUUGGGGAACACAUGCUACAUGAAUGCCAUCUUGCAGAGUCUCUGCAGCAUCUCGCCGCUGGUGGAAUACUUUCUCUCUGGAAAGUACAUUACUGCUCUUCAAAAGAGUUGCGGUGAGGUUGCCACUGCUUUUGCCUACCUGAUGACAGACAUGUGGCUUGGAGACUCAGACUGUGUCUCACCAGAAAUAUUUCGGUCAGCCCUUGGAAACCUCUACCCAGCAUUUAUGAAAAAGACACAGCAAGAUGCGCAGGAAUUCUUGAUUUAUGUCCUGAAUGAACUUCAUGAAGCUCUGAAAAAAUAUCACCGAAGAUCAUAUGAAAAAGGAUCUCCUCAAAGAUGCUGCAGGAAGGUGACUGCCAAGGAGUCGUCCAUCAUCACGCGCCUGUUUGAAGGGCAGCUCAGUUACCGUAUCAUCUGUCUACAGUGUGAGAACUGCACCUACAAGAAUGAAGUCUUCACUGUCCUCUCCCUCCCCAUUCCAUCAGAGUAUCAAUGCUCUCUUCAGGACUGCCUCCAGUGUUUUUUUCAACAAGACACAUUGACCUGGAAUAAUCAAAUUCAUUGCUCCUUUUGUGGAACCAAGCAAGAAACAGCUGUGAGGGCCAGUAUUUCCAAAGCACCAAAAAUAAUUAUUUUUCAUUUAAAAAGGUUUGACAUUCAGCGUACAAUGAAAAGGAAACUGAGAACAGAUAUUCAUUACCCACUCAUCAACUUGGACCUCACUCCUUACAUUUGUCCAAUUUUUCAGAAACAUCCUAAAUACAACCUCUGUGCAGUGGUGAACCACUUUGGUGACCUGGAUGGUGGCCACUACACCGCUUUCUGCAGGAACUCAGUCACCCAGGGCUGGUAUAGCUUUGAUGAUACACGAGUCAGUGAGAUUCCAAACACUUCAGUGCAAACCACAACAGCGUAUCUCCUGUUCUACAGCUGCCAGCCCUUUUCUAUACCUAUACAAAAAUGCAAGAGCUAGGAAAACAUUUUUUGAAAACUGUAAAACAAGCAAUUAGAAACUGGUAGCUAAGUUUUGCUUUAUCAUUAAACUCUUCCAAUUUACUUGCAUCACUAAUAUGUUUUUAAGUCUUUCUGGCAUAUUAUGCAACCUUUUAUAAAGUAAAAAACAUGAGUCUGGCCCACUGAAAAGGUACUGUGAAAAUAAUGCAGUGCUA